AGUUGUAGGCCUAUCGCCUGUGCCCUCCGUACCUGUGUGUGGCGCUUUUCGUUAUCGCCAGUCCAGCCGUUAUUGCACGCCGUUCGCGCUCGUUGGCCGCCGCUUCACCCCGCAACCCCUCCCGACGCGUUCCUUCAGUACCACCGUCCGCCUGUCCAGCACCGCGCCCGCGCGUUUCACGACACUCAUUCGUUCGGCGGUUCCCGCGCUAACCGAUACGGUACGUGUUCCGUACAGCCACAGCGAUCGAGUAUUGGAGUCCGUCUGCCGCCAAAUAUUUACUCGAUCCAACCGAUCCGUUAACCGCCGUCGUUUCCGGCAAUUGGUUAUUGAUUUCAUUCGUAGUUCGCCUUGAUUCCGUGCUCCGGGCCACUACAAUGCAUAAAGGAGUGGCUGAUAACGAGUAUGAAAUCGAAUCCAUUUUAUUCGAUGAUACAUAUGGGAGCAAAACAAUGUAUCUCGUAAAAUGGAAAAACUACCCCAUGGACCAAUGCACAUGGGAACCAUAUCGAAAUCUGACAAAUUGUGCCCAGGCAUUAAAUGAUUACAGAUCAAAUAAAAUAGUUGCAACUGAAAUCUACCAGACUACACGUUAUAAAGAACUGUAUGACUCGCUAAAUAUUUUUGCAGAUCAGGAACUACUUGAAUUAUUGCACCAUGUAAUUCAGGAUGGAAUGCCUUCUAUAGAUGAAAAAUUUGUUAGGGGUACAAUUGCGUAUUUAUCAACUGUAUCACCCAGUAGUAGGAGUUUGUCUUUAACUAAACUCAUCAGACAUAAUUUAAUGAUAAUUGAAGUUGACAAAAAAAGACAAAAACAACAAGAUAGAUUAAAUAAAUGGCAAAAUGAUAUGGCAGCAGUAUGUGGUUUCAAUAUAAGUGUACUAAACAAUGUUGACUUCGAAGGUCCGCCAAAACGUUUUUAUUAUGUGGAUGAAUGUGUGGCAGGCAAAGGCGUUGUUAUUCCGAAUGACCCUCCAGUUUGGUGUCACUGUGACGUUACCUGCGGAGGAAAAAAACGUAAGAAAACCGAAUGUCAUUUUGGCGAUUUUCAAAUGGCGUAUAAUAAAUUUAAGCGCAUCAUAGUUCCUCAAGGCACUCCUAUUUAUGAAUGUAAUAAAAAAUGUACUUGUGACGCAACAUGUGUAAAUAGAGUGGUUCAACAUGGUCCAAGCAAAAAUUUAAGACUUCAAAUAUUCCGUACUGACAACAAUCGCGGUUGGGGAGUCAAAACAUUGUUAAGUAUAAAACAGGGUACUUAUAUUACCAAAUAUACCGGUGAAGUAAUCACCAGAUCAGAAGCUGAUCAACGGGCCAUCACACAUGGAUCAAAGUCAACAUACUUGUUUGAUCUUGACUACAAUACUGAGAAAAAUGAUAGUGUUUAUUCUAUUGAUGCUACUACAUAUGGUAAUGUAUCACAUUUUAUAAAUCAUUCGUGCGAUUCUAAUCUGGCCAUAUUUGCUGUAUGGAUUGAUUGCUUGGAUACUAAUAUACCAACGCUGGCAUUAUUCGCCUCUAGAGAUAUUAGUGCAGGUGAAGAGAUUACAUUCAAUUAUAUGACUUCUGUCAACAAUGAAAAUCGGAGAAUUAAAUGUAAAUGUUUAUCUGAUAAUUGCCGUGGUUACCUGUGUUAGUAUAAAUAAUUUUAUAUUCAUGCCAUCUAUCACAUUUAGAAUUUUAAUUGACUAUUUGAUACUUUUUUUAUUAUUAUUUAUUCUCAGAUAGCAUUCCUCGUUAUAAAAGAAGUUUAAGUUGAAAUUAAUUUUGUACAGUGUUUGGCUAAAAAAAAAGGGUAAUUUAGAUGUAUAUAAUGUAAAUUUUACUGAUUAAAAUGAAAAGA